AUGCUCGACGAAAACCUCCCAACCUUUCACUUCCGUCCCUCCUCUGACAACCCCCAAAACACCAUUCUCUACUUCACCCACCAGGGCUCCGACCCGACGCCCAACUACCUCCUCAAGCGCGCCGACCCCGCCAACCCGGCCGCCCGCAAUAGAUACGCUGCCGCCCUCACCGACAUUGUUUCCCAGCACAUCAUCUACGCCGAGGUCCUCGUCGAGCCGGAAUGGACCCAGCCAACCCUCUCCGCCGCAGAGGUUCGUGCUCAGAACGGCACGCCUGCCCCGCCACAACCCAUUCUGCCUGACCAGGUCACCUUGCAGCUCUACAACCCGGACUCGCAGGUCGUCAUCAAGACAAAGGCCGGCGGCUGGGGCAAGACAGACAGCUGGGAGUUUGAAAUGCCCGAGCAGAGUUUCCGCGCCCCGAGCGCCAGCUUGAUCGACCGGUCCGCCGACGAUCCGCCCAUCAGCGACACCGUCCCCAAGGUCGUCUUCCGUUGGAAGCGCGACGGUAGGCUGAGCAAGGACAUGACAUGCUACAUGGUGGGGAAGAGCGUCGCCGGGAAGAAGAGCAAAGAGCCUGACAUUACGGUCGCCAUGUUCAAGGACCGGAAGCAUGAGAGCGCUGUCACCAUCUACGAGCCUAACCUGCAGCGUGUCGACGUGGAAGACCGCAAGGGAUUGGAUAUCAUUUUGCUGCUCGGUGCCGAGGUCCUCCGCGACCUGUUCCUGAACCCCAGGCAAAACGUCUUCAACCUCACAUCGACUCUUCCACCGACUCGUCGAAAGAACUCCAAGCCCCCCUCCACUUCCGUUGGGCCAGCGCCACCCCUUGCCUCCAUGUCCGGCGCCAUCGGCGACAAGCCCGCGUCACCACCGGCACAGGUAAUGAACAGCGGCCCGCCUAGACCCGACCCCCGCGCGCAGUGGGAGAUUGACAACGAGACGAAGCGCCUGCAGGCCAUGGUUGUCCAGGAGGAGCGGCAGGCCCGAGAGCGUGAGCGUCGCGACGCCGAGGAGGCGAAGCGCAUUCAGAAGAUGCUUGAGAAGGAGGAGAAGGAACGUCGGCGGAAGGCGGCCGAGGUUGAGGCGGAGACGGAGCGUCUCCGCAGGUUAUACGGCGUGCAGCCCAACGCGCCUGCGCCCAUUUUGCCUCCCCGACACCAACCGCCGCCCGGGACUGCUCCGGGAUCGUGGUACGUCGCACCGGCGCAGCCGCCAAGGCCUCUGAGUGCGGGACCCUACCAAAACGGUCAACCCGGGAACAGCACAUAUCGUCCGCCACAGCAGGUGCAAUUUGCGCCGCAACCGAAGCCUCCACAGCAACAACAGAGCGGUGGCGGCCGUGGUAAGCUUCCAAACCUGAUGUCGGGGUUGCUCCAAGGCCCCUAUGCGAACUCGGCUGCUAGCGUCAUUAACUUCUUCCAUCGGGACCGGACCGAGGAGGAGAAGAGAAAGGUCGCCAAGAAGCGCAGUGUGCAUUUCUAG